AUGUCUGCGAUCAAAGCGCUAUCUCCUCGACAAACAUCUUCUCCUGUAGACCCCAAUCUGUCGCCAGGAGAACAGGUACUUAAGUUGAUUUCAAACCCCUUCCAAGCCUCGAUUCAAAUCAAUGCGUUCUGGGCCUCCCUGGCUACCUCUCUAGGCUUCAGUGCCGCUCUCGCCCUCCUUUUCUGCUUUGUCCGCCCGAGAAACACAAUCAUAUAUGCUCCAAGACUGAAGAAUGCGGAUAAAGACCACGCUCCUCCCCCUCUGGGGCGAGGACUUCUCGGCUGGGUCGAGCCCGUGAACAAAGCCAGUGAACCCUUUCUGGUGGACAGAAUUGGAAUGGAUGCAGUCAUCUUUCUGAGAUUCACCAGAAUGCUGCGGAACAUGUUCUUAAUACUUGCUUUCGUUGGAAUAGCAAUCAUGAUACCGGUCAACGUCACCCUCGGAAGCAAAGGCGCAUCAAACGGUUCCUCGGCUUUUACCAUCAUGACACCCCUGUUCAUCUUUGGAAGUGGUCUCUGGGCUCAGGUGGUGUUGGCGUGGUUCAUUGAUAUCGUGGUGAUAUACUUUUUGUGGUACAAUUAUCGACGAGUUCACCAGCUGAGGCGGGCCUACCUGUCAAGCCCAGAGUACCAACACAGCCUGCACUCGCGGACUCUUUUGGUCAGGGAUAUUCCUCCCAAGAUGCGGAGCAAUGAGGGCAUCGCACGUAUUGUCGAAGAAGUGAACCCGGCUGGCGCCGCACCAAGAGCGAGAAUUGGAAGGAAUGUCACGGUCCUGCCUGAACUGAUUGAAGAAUACGAAGAGACAGUCAAGGAACUGGAAUCUGUCCUGGCCAAGUACAUGAAAAACCCUGACAGGUUACCAGCUCAUCGGCCAACCAUGAAGGCACCUCGCAAGUACAAAGGGACCACGGCAAACGGAAAAGUCGAUGCUAUUGAGUAUUUGACAGACCGCAUACGGACCCUUGAGAUGGAGAUCAGUGAUAUACGCGAACGUGUGGACAGUCGGGAUGCCAUGCCCUAUGGCUUUGCAACAUAUGAUCAGAUCUCUCAGGCUCAUAUUGCAGCCUUCAAGACUCGCGGAAAACGUCCGCAGGGCACCAAAAUCCGAUUAGCACCCCGGCCGAAUGAUAUCAUCUGGAGCAAUUUGAAGCUGUCUCGAUCAACUAGACGCAGCAAACGGAUUAUGAACGGUAUCUGGAUUGUUGUGUUGACAGUCAUCUGGACGCCCAUUAACGCUGGUAUUGCGGUCUUCUUGUCCAACUUGUCAAAUCUGGCUCUAGUGUGGCCGGCCUUCAAAACUUCGCUCAACGCACACAAAAGUUGGUGGGCGAUCGUUCAGGGCAUUGCCUCACCGGCAAUCACCUCUCUUGUUUACCUCGUUCUUCCCAGCAUCUUCCGACGACUUCAGGUUCGAGCGGGCGAUGUCACCAAGACGGAACGGGAACGACAUGUCCUUCGAAAUCUUUACGGCUUUUUCACCUUUAAUAACCUGAUCAUCUUCUCCAUCUUUUCGGCUGUCUGGCAAUACGUUACUAUUGUGAUUGAAUACGACAGACAAGGCAAUGACACCUGGACGUCCCUGAGAAAAGGCAAUCUAUUCCUAAGCAUCACCACCUCAUUGUGUCAAAUCUCGCCUUUCUGGGUCACCUGGCUCCUUCAGCGCAAUAUGGGUGCGGCUAUCGACCUGGCUCAGCUUUGGCAUCUGACUUAUGUCUGGUUCGCAAGAACAUUUAUGGCGCCUACGCCGCGACAAAACAUCGAAUGGACCGCUCCCCCUGUUUUUGACUACGCGAGCUAUUACAACUAUUUCCUCUUCUACACCACAGUCGCGCUAUGUUACUCGACACUUCAGCCGAUCGUCCUGGUGGUGACGGCCCUGUAUUUCUCCAUUGAUUGCUUCCUUAAGAAGUAUCUCCUCAUGUAUGUCUUUGUUACGAAAACCGAGUCCGGCGGACAAUUCUGGGUCACGAUGUUCAACCGGAUAGUCUUCGCCGUCAUGCUGUCCAACGUCAUCAUCGCAGUUGUGGUCAAGGCACGAGGCACAUGGGCGCUUGUCGCAGCCAUUGCUCCGCUCUUGUUCAUCAUGGUUGCUUUCAAGUGGUACUGCAUGAAGACCUUCGAUCUCGACUUGAAGUACUACUCCCGUGGUGGUAUGCAAGACCCGGAAGAACUCGCGGCCAAGCACCACGCGCACGAAAAGAUCUCGUCCAAAUUUGGACAUCCAGCUCUCUAUAAACCACUCAUGACGCCCAUGGUCCACGCCAAGGCAAAGCACCUGCUCGGCGAGAUAUACCGCGGCAGACUCGACUCCGACGGUGGCCAAGCCGCCACCCUCCCCGGUAUAGCCAUGCAACCCCUGUCUCCGAGCAAACAGCCGCCUUCGGACGUACCGUUCGAAAUCGUCCCAGAGGCGCAACAGGACUUCCACUUCUACAGAAACCGGCCCGAGUUCCGCGACAACGCCGGCGACACUCUUUCCGAACGUAGCCACACACCAAUAUCGAUGUCUGGCUACGGAAAAGAAAGUUACAACUCCCCGCCGAGCUCCAGAGCUAUGAGCCCGGUUGUUGCUGCUGGUGCUGGUGUCCAUACUUAUUCGCCGCCGCAAGAAUACCGUGGCGUCCCGCACCGUAAACAAGUCGACCAGUCCCACGUACCGAGCCAGUUCAAGACGAACAAGAAUCGUCGAUCAGUCGGAGGUGGUGAUCUCGGGUUACGCCCUCAAGGACCAUACACAGAUCCGUACGAUGAUCGAACAACUCUUCUUCACGGCGUGGGCGACGUUCGUGCACCGACUGGAGAGUUCAUGUCGAUGGAUCGGUGGCGGAGUUCGAGCCAGGGCAGAGACGGACCAAGGACGCGUGAUCAUACUCCAGUUGAAGAAAUGAACUCGGGAUACGACUAUUUCAGAGGGAGGCAGUGA